CGCUACACACACUAACAUCACAGUAGCCAUCGCUUGUAUAAAGGAGGGUGUUUGGAGGACCAUCAAAACAGACACAAUUUGACAAGCUAGCAGAGAACUCCAACACUGAGUAAUACAUACAAAGAACCCAAUGAUCGUUUUCCCCCAAACAUGCUUAUCUUAGUCACAUCACCAUCAAGGGAACUGCAUCCACUCAACAUUGACAUGGAGGACAACAGAAGAAAGCAGACAAAGGGAUGUGACUUGAGGUCCCGACUACAACGCAGAUCUUCCCAUGCCCCUAACACUGAACGACUUAGUACUGAGGAAAUUAUCCUGUGGUCCCAGUCUUUGGAGAGACUUCUCACAUCAAAAUAUGGCAUGGCAACAUUUCAGGCCUUUCUGAAAUCAGAGUUCAGCGAUGAGAACAUUGAAUUCUGGCUGAUCUGUGAAGACUACAAGAAGAUUAAGUCCUCCUUCAGGCUGUCCUCCAGGGCCAAGAAGAUCUACAAGACAUACAUUGAAGCUGAGGCUCCGAAAGAGAUCAACAUUGACCACAAGACCAGAGAUCUCAUCGGGCAGAAUGUGAAGACGCCCUCCACAGUUUGCUUCGACGAGGCCCAGAGGAUUGUGUACAGCCUGAUGGAGAAAGACUCCUACCCCAGGUUCCUCAGAUCCAACAUCUACAGGACCCUAUUGGACUCCGCAUCAGACUACACGAAGAUGUGAAUGAAUACCGAUGAUAGAAACUGAACUGAGGCUUCCAACAAUGGACUGCAAUGUUUCACAGCCAGGGAGCUUCUUACAAACAGGAUUCAUAAGAAGAUGCUUCCGAGUGUGAAUUAUACUGGGUACGUGGCCUAAGGGAAUGCUGGGAGGAACAUACAGAAGUGACUGUGCUGGCAAGCCUUCUUGACAUUUGUGUUUAGUCUAUGUACUUUCACUUGAAAGAGGAACAUAUGUCACAUAGAAUGGGACUAAAAGAGAUCAUAGAUAUAUAAUGUUGAUUCUAUUUCUACGACAGAGACAUGGUGAUGUCAUGGGAAUUACCUUGCAUGGCAUGUUAUUGCUAGGGACUUUCUGUGUCAAAGUUCCGGGGAUGUUUACUAUGUAGGAUCUAUACAGUCAGGGCUGUAAAUGUAUGAGAAGGUAUCUGCAGUUGCACAUCAUCUGCAGGUCAUCAGUUGAGUUAUAAGGCAUUUGAUAAGAUAAUCUACUAAAUUUGACUUUUUUUAAAACCACAAUUUUAGAAUGGGUAAUUUUGUUUACUUUAACACAAUGAGGCAUGUUUGUGAUGUAAGCUUUAAAAAAUAACAUUAUGGAGAAUUGAUUUUGUGAAGAAAUUACUGAAUGUAAAAUUGCUGUUGUUACACUGGAUAUUUGUAAAAAAUUAAGAUUUCUAUAGGUGUAUUUAUAAAAUGGCACAUGGUUUCCAAAUUCGAACAGCUAAAUUAUACAUUUAGUAAAAACACAAAUUCACAAAAAUGUAAAUGCUUCAAACCUUCAAAGCACUUUUAAAAUAUCCUAAUAUUUGACUGCA